UUGCAGCCGGUUGGGCAAUUUUCUAAUUAGUUUUACGACUUAUUUUUCAAUAAAAACAUUUAACAAAAGCCAAACAAAAUGCCGUUCAUGAAAGGAAGAGCUCCCAUACGCCGUACCCUGGAGUAUUUAAGUUCCGGCAAAUUGGUGUUAAAGGAUAAAGUGAAAAUAUUUAGUGUUAAUUACAAUACUUAUGGUGAUCAUCAUGAUGGUGCCAGAGAUUUCGUAUUUUGGAAUAUACCCCAGGUGCAGUACAAAAAUCCUCAAGUGCAAGUGGUCACUUUUAAAAAUAUGACUCCCUCGCCAUUUGUAAGAUGUUACUUUGAGGAUGGCCGUGAUAUGUUGAUUGAUGUGGACAGCAAGAAUAGACUCGAAAUUGAGGAACAUUUGAUGAGAGUGGUCGGCAAGACAAAAGAACAACUGCAUGCCGAGGCCAGAUUAGCCGAGAGUAAGGACAAUCCCGCCAACUUUGGUUAUGGCUGUAAUCGUCAUUGUAUUUGUGAAAUUCCCGGUCAAGUACCCUGUCCCGGUACAGUACCUCUACCCGAUAGAAUGCGUGGCAAACAUAUAUUUGCACCAAAAUAAAUUGUUAAACAAAUAUGAAUUACUUAAAAACAAUUAAGUUUAUUUUAUUAGAAAUUAAAAUGAAAUUGUAGCAUACAAAUUGUUAAGAUGAAUAAUGAAGAAAUAGAAAUUAAACUAAAAUCAAGA